AUGGAAAAGAGAGGAACCUCUACUAAGAAAUACAAUUUGAAAACUAAUAUUCUAGUAAAGCCAAAGGCUAUACAUAGAAGAAUAGAAUCCUUAAACAUCAUUCAACAAGUCAAACAUGAUAACAUAGAAUUAGAUGUGAAAGUACCGACUAUAAGUUUUGGAACAAUUCCGUCUCUAAAAAACUCAGAUGAUGGCAGAGAGAGCCAUCCUUAUGAACUAUCUCACACUAGAGUGAAAUAAAGUAUACACCAAGGAUGCUAAAAACAAGCUUGCUGCAGGUAAAAUUCGGACCUUUAGAAAGCAACGGCGGUCUAAACAUGUCUCUCCUGGAAAAAUUAAGCUUGAAAAGGGCAUGAACUCUUCUCAUUCCCAUCACAGGACUCUAUACAGCCUGCCUUAUGCUUAUGAGACACAUAACAGGAGUCUUAGUAAGCAGAAUUAUAAAGAUAAUGAAAGUUAUAUUAGCAGCCAAACUUUCUACUUAAAAGAAAGGAGAGAUAACCCCUUCAAGGAAGCUAUGAACCCUACUUUUAACAAGUCUAGGGACGAAAGCCAGAAGAAUCCUGGCCUGAACCUGGAAAAUUUAAGUUUGAAUCAUUACCGUGAUGAUAAUAACUCUAAGUCGACUCAUACAGAGGCGAAGGGAGGUUUCAUAGGCUCUAAGCUCAAUAUGACACAACCUUUACCGAUAGCAGCCCCAGGGAAGAAAGAGGAGGAGGCUCCUCUUCCCAUGGCUACUUCUCAUCUUCGUAGACAGUCUCAAGGGAGUAUAAUCAAAGUUAAAACUGGAAAGAAGGAUACUAAACGGUAUAAGAAAUUCUUAGCAGACCUUCUUAAGCUUGAAGAAGAGAUUGACAAGUUUGAUAUCGAGUACUCUAUUUCUAUAAAUGUUAAUAAGAAAUACAAAUCAGGGACUCCUGAAUACCUGAGUAGUUUCAUGAAGAAGUGUAAAUUUGUGAAUAAAAUUUCCAAGAAAAUAGAAGCUAGCUACAAGAAAUCUGAAUUUAAUUCUCUGAAAAUCAUGAUGACGAAGGGAAAGCAUGAUGAGGAAAGCAAACUUAUUUAGCACCAUUUAUACCAUCUGUGCUAGGGUAAUCGAUGAAUUGAUUACCUGUCGUAACCAGACAGAGUCGCACUAUCUCUCAGUCAUCGAGUCCAAAGACUACACUAUCAACAACUUGUCUUCUCAGCUUGAUUGAGCUAAUGCUCAACUGCAAAAAAUUGAAGAGGACAAGAUCAGCCUUAAGAGGGACGUUGACGUUGAGAUCAAAAAGUUAGAAGCACUUGGUAAUUUCGAUGACUUGGAGAAGCCAGACUUCCUCUCUGUUGGCUUCUUUGAAGCCAACAGAGAGGAAGAUCCUAGCUUCACGCUCACUGAUAUCUACCAGUUCUUGCUAUUUGAGGGAGAGAUCGUCAAGGAUAACCGUAAGCAGAAGAAUGUGUCACCUGAUUACCAUAUUUUGAAAGAUAUUUUAACACAAAAGUUCUUCGAUAUGCAGAAAAUGACAGCUGAGCAGGUCAUUAAGAGAGUCUAUAAGCGCACAGUGCCGGUUGAGGUUGAGGUGCAGACUGGAGAUGAUCCUCUGGUGAAGGAAUUUGAAAUUUUGAAGGAUAAGGAAAUGAAUUUGUUUAGGAAGAAAUGUAAUCUUGAAGUGAAGUUGAAAAAUCAGGAGAUGGAAAUGGCUAAGCACAGGCUGCAAGUCGCUGAGUUGGAGCAGAAGUAUGGGAUUUUGAAUACGGAGAAUACUAAGAUUUUAAAUCAAUUGAAGAGAUAUAAGAACUUAGAGUCUCAAAUGGAACAAGACAAGGACACUAUCACUCGAUAUCAAUACCAAAUCGAACAAUUUCCCUCAGAAAUCAAAAAAAGAGACUCUGAGAUCCAAUCCCUCCUCAAAACCCUUAAAAGAAUGAAGUUCGAUAUGGGCCAAGUGGUCACCAGGUUCCAGGAGAUGAUGGCCAGUGCCAAAGUCAUGGAAGAUGAGAUCAGGGUUAAGCAGAAUUUGGUUGAAAGACUGAAAAGGAAUCUGAGUUCAUUGAGAAGUUAUGUGGGAGAGGAGUAUAUUGAAACACCAGCUGGUGGCGAUAAGGAAAAGAAUGGUAUGGGAUUGAACUUGGAUGUAACUGGGGAUAAACAAGAGAGUAGGCGGGAUGGCAAGAAGGACCAGAGGGUCCAGACUGAUAUUAGUGGGAGCGUUACAAAAGAGUCUAAUUUGACUCAAAAACAAAUAAUCCCUCCUUUUGAUUACUUGACUGAGUCAGCUCGUACAGUCAUAGAACCUCAAAAACCUGCUACAAAAGUUGAUAUCGGUAUUGACAAGAAGAUAUUUUCAAAUUCUCCGUCUAGUAUACCACAAAAUAUUUGAGAAAAUCCUAAUUCUAAGCAAAAAUCUCCUGACAAAAUUGAAGAAAAAUCUGAUUCUGAAGAAUUCAAGCAAAAGAGUCGUACUUCCUCCAGAAUUGGAAUCGGAGUUAGGCAGAGAGAAACGUCUCCUGACAGAAUCAGUAAAGCCCAGAUCACUACUGAGGUAGCCAAGGAGGAGGAUACUAUGAAGGAUUUGUUACAAGAAAAGGAGAAAAUUACCAAGUUCCUUCUUGAGUGUGGCUACAUGGUGGAAACAGAAGUUCAGACCAAGAAGACGAAUUCAAAACCAACAAAGGAGCCAAAGAAGAAGUCUGUAGGCACACAACGGCCUACAGAGGAGGAUAAGAUAGAUGAGCUACUUGAUGGGGUCGAUGCUCGCUCAGUUGCUCAAACCCAGCUCAACUUAUUAAUGGAGACACUAGAAAACUUAAGAAGAGAAGGAGCAAUCCAACAUAUUAACCUUACUGAAGAGGAUAUCGAGAUGAUAAAAGAGGAAAUGCGAAAGCUUAUUGUCGAGAAAUCAAGCCAAGAAGCUGAGAAUGUGUACUUAUCUGCCCAAAAAGCUGUAUAUACAGGAGGUUCUUCAUUCAAGACUGCAGGGACUUUGAAUUUGGGCAUGAAGGACCCUACUCUACAAUACUCAAGUAAUAACGAUUAUUGCCACUUACCUCCUCCAAUGCCAAGAUCUAAGAUGGGUGGUGGAAUGACUGCAUCGAGAUUGUCCAAGAAAAGACGCAAUAAGAAGUAGACUACCCUGGAGAGAAUGCUAGGAAUAAACAUUUACAAAUUUUA